GACCUUUUUUAUCAUGCCCUUUCCAAGAAAGGUGAUAGACGGAAAGAAAGAGCCACCGUGAGCUGGCAGCCUUGCGUCUCUCGCCUAGAUUUAUAGGUUUCAGAGGGGAGGAGGCGUCACAAAGAGAAAAGAGAGAUUUAAAAGCUCGCAGUAUCAGAAGUGGGAAGUAUUAGAGGAUUCUUUGUUGCUUGGUUUGGAUUUGGGUUCUCGAUUUGGGGAAUGGAGGCGCUGAGGAAACAGGCGAGCAAGCUCAAAGAGCAAGUCGCCAAGCAGCAGCAGGCGGUGAUAAAGCAGUUCAGUGGAACUGGUUAUGAGAGUUCAGGCGCAAUGGUUAUAGAUGAAGCCGAAUUGCAGAGACAUCAACAACUAGAAAAGUUAUAUAGGUCUACUCGUUCUGGGAGGGAUUUUCAAAAAGACAUUAUCCGAGCAGCUGAAGGCCUUGCAACUAUUGGAUAUAAACACAUUGAAAUAAUAUAUAUAUAUAUUUUUUGCUGAAAAGGGACAAAGUUGUCAGAGGACUGUUAUAAAUAUGGAGGUGAGAACAAAGCUAGUGAUGCAAUUCUAGCCAAAGCAGCAUCUUUGUAUGGUGGUGCACUUAUAAAUAUCGAGAAAGAGCAUGAAGAUUUUAAUAAGCUCUUGACUUCACAGAUUAUGGAACCAUUAAGAGCAAUGGCCAUUGGUGGUCCCUUGGAAGAUGCUCGAAAUCUUGCUCAACGUUAUAGUCGGAUGAGACAUGAUGCUGAGAGCCUGGCAGCAGAAAUUUCGAGAAGGCAAUUUCGAGUGAGAGAAACUCCCUUUUUGGAGAAUACUUCAAAGCUGCAAUCAUCCGAAGCUAAAAUGCAGGAACUCAAAGCAAACAUGGCUGUGCUAGGAAAGGAAGCAGCUGCUGCACUAGCUGCUGUUGAAUCACAACAGCAAAGGUUGACUUUUCAGCGCCUAGUUGCCAUGGCCGAGGCAGAAAAAUCAUUUCAUUUAAGAGUUGCUGCCAUACUUGAUGAUGCUGAAGCUGAGAUGGUCUUGGAGAAACAACAAAAGGAAUCUGCACCUCCUUCUCUGUCUCACAAUCGCUCUGAGAAAGCCUUAUACUUUCUUGCUGAGGCAGUGUAUAACUUUAAUGCUGCUUCUGAGAAGGAACUAAGCUUAGGUGGUGACUAUGUUGUGGUCCGACAGGUCGCUCCAUCUGGCUGGUCCGAAGGAGAAUGCAGAGGCAAGGCAGGGUGGUUUCCAUCGGACUAUGUGGAGAAACGUCAGAACAUCCCCCCUAACAAAAUCUUUACCCGAGCGUACUAGUUUUCCUAAGCUGCCGUGGCUACCUUCAGUUGGUUGAUUUUGAGAAGCUGAAGUUUGAAGCACCACAAAUUUAUCGGCAGAGAUGGGCUAUAGGUGAGACUGGGAGCUUCACUUUUUUCUGUAACAUAUAUAACAUCCCAAGCAUUACAGGACUGUUUCAUUCUUUGCUGGGAACCAAACAUGACCGGCAUGGCAAAUUGCUGUAAUCUAUGUGUUGUGAUUUCCUAAUUAAUGUGUUCCGUUUUCUUCUCUGGUGAGCAUUAGCAGUAGCAAAUCUUGAGGAAUACUGAAAGAAGCUAUAGGGAAAUUUAUGUAGGAACUUCCAAACAUAACUCGGGUUCCCUAGGCUAAAGUUGUAUAGCCCAUGUACUUGGGCAAUUUUCCUUUCAUUUGAA